CGUGUCGACCGCAUGGCGGGGACUCCCUAUAAAGGCUCAAUUUGUUCUGCCUGCAUCAACAGUGUGUUUUUCGACACUUGCAAGCGAGUGCACCAGUCUCUUCACUCCUGCGUGUGCGUCUGAUUGAAAAUCAAGAUGACGUUGGUGCUCCCCGCUGGUGACAUGCUCAAGAAAAUUCAGUCCGACCUGAACCUGACGGAAGGUCGCGAGCAGGAGGACCUGUCCAAGCUGAAGGAAUGGCUCGUCCUGCAACCCCAUUUGCCGAAGAUUGACGACGAUCGAUUGCUGGCCGGCUUCCUGUACGGCAGCAAAAACUCGAUGGAGCGGUGCAAAAAAGUGAUCGACCUGCACUACACCGUGCGUGGCGCCGCGCCUGAGUUCUUCAAGAACCGCGAUCCGAAAAACGCUGACAUGCAGUCUUGUCUUGAAUCUGUGUACAUUGUGCCGAUGCCGAAGCUGACGGCCGAAGGUGCCCGCGUGACCAUCCACGGUCUGCAGGAUCCGGCCAAGAGCCAGUUCAACGCGUCCGAGUGCAUGAAGCUGGUCUUCCUCACCGGUGACAUCCGCCUCCGUGAGGACAUCUGCUCAGGAGACGUGCUCAUUUACGAUCUCAGCGGCAGCUCCUUGUCCCACCUCGCCCAACUCACGCUGCCCCUCGUGCGAAAAUUCAUGAUUUGUGGACAGAGUGCUUAUCCCGUACGCCUGCGCGAGGUGCAUCUGGUCAACGCUCCCAGCUUCUUGGACAAAAUCCUUGCCCUGUUCAAGCCCCUCAUGAAGGACAAGCUCGCCGACAGGAUCCACAUUCACGCUGACGUGGCUGCGCUCCAAAAAUUCCUGUCCAAGGACGUCCUCCCCAAGGAAUACGGCGGCGACGCUGGGGAAAUGAAAGAAUUGCACGCCUCUUGGCGCACCAAGCUGGAGAGCUACCGCGACUGGUUCAUCAGCCAAGAGUCCGUUCUGGUCGACGAAGCCAAGCGACCUGGCGGAAAACCCGUGACCCAGGAUGAUCUCUUCGGGCUAGACGGCUCCUUCCGCCAACUCGCCGUCGACUUAGCUCGCGUUUUUAUAUCAUUUUUUCAGGGUAUCCCCACCGCUGCUCCCAUACUGCGGCUGAUCCACAUACCUGGCGGUGCGACAGGUAAGGAAGUUGCUCGGCCAGGGAGACGCAGUGUGGCUCUGCUCAGAGAAAGUCCAUCUCCGCUGCACAGCCUACAUUCAGCAUCAGCCCACAACAUGGCAUCCACACUUUUGGUGCAGCCAAGCGGCGAAAUUUCCGGAAAAAUCUACAAGGAACUGUGUGAGGACAAGUCCGCUGUUCCCGAGAAGAUGAAAAACAUCAAAGAGUGGCUAGCAUUGCAGCCACACCUUCCACCUUUUGAGGAUGAUGACCGAAUUUUGACAUUCCUGCGGGGCUGCAAGCACAGCAGCGAGAAGGUAAAGAAGAAGCUGGACAUGUACUUCUCGAUGCGCGCCGCCGUGCCCGAAUUCUACGCCGAGCGCGACCCGCAGAGCGAGAGUCUGCAGAAGGUGUGGACGGAAGUGCACAUGCCGCCCCUGCCCGGCCUCACCGCCGAAGGCAACAGAGUUAUUUGGAUGUGCAGCGCCCAGCCCGAGCUCAACAUUUCCUCGGCGUCGACAGCCAUGAAACUGGCCCUGAUGAUCGGUGAUUUGCGACUCAAGCUUGAAGAGCACGGCGUGGCUGGAGAUGUCUACGUUUUGGACGCUGCGCACGCCACCGCUCAGCAGUUUGCUAAAUUCACCCCUGCAAUCAUCCGCAAGUUCCUGAUCAGCGUGCAGGAAGCCUAUCCUGUGCGCCUGAGACAAGUGCAUGUGAUCAACAUCAACCCUCUGGUGGAUGUGAUUUUUAACUUCGUGAAGCCGCUGCUCAAGGAGAAGAUCAAGAAUAGGAUACAUUUCCACUCCAAAAUGGACACGUUCUACAAAAUCGUCCCCGCUGAAAUGUGUCCGACCGAGUACGGAGGUCAAGGUGGCUCUCUCAAGGACAUUAGCGGCAAUUGGAAAAAGACGGUGGAAGAGAACCGCCAGUGGUUCUUGGACCAGGAAACGGUAAAAGCUGACGAGACCAGACGGCCAGGCAAGCAGAUGAACUACGACGAGCUGUUCGGCGCGUCUGGUUCAUUCAGGAAGCUGAACAUCGAUUAAAACCCCCCUUACUACUCGCCACUUCUUCUUGCCAGCACAUUAUUGUUUUGACGGUUUUUACACAAGCAACAGCGUUCUCAGUUGGAAAAAUAUUCCUUUAUUUACAGCAAGAAGGGAAUGUGGAGAACAAAAGAAUCAUAAUUUAUCUUUUAUGGCUUACACAUUUAAAUAAUAAAAAACACGAUUUUGAACAAAAAAAUCUUA